AUGCCGUUAGAUCCGUUGGGAACCCCUCGACUGCGCCCAGCAGCUCGCCCUCUCCGUCUUCCGAUGCCGUCGACCAACCCCGGCCAGGUCGCCUUCUCCGUCAUCCGGUUCCUUCCCGUGCCCGUUCUCGUCCUGGAUGGCGAGAAAACAGCGGUGCUGGCCAACGAGGCCAUGGGCAAGCUGCUAGGGCUGAUGCCCGAUGCCGUUCAGGAAGCCGACUCGAUGGUACCGGUCAUGGACCAGCUCCGGGGCCGGCUGUUGUCCGAGAUUGGUGUCGACCUUGUCCAAGAGGGCGUCCCUGUGUGGGUCGACUGGCAUGAUUUCCUCGACCAGGCUGCUGCGGAGGCCGGGCUCAGGACGCCCCGUCAGGACAACAGAGAAAAGCUCCUGCCCGAUGGCAGUGACGCUGUGCCAAUCCCGAAUGCCAACAAUAGCCGCCGCAAGCCGCCAUCAGAUAUCGCCGUCGAGGUCCUGGUUUCGCAUGGACUUGCUAGCAGAAGCAUGUUGGAUUCCGGCGCAUCCUUGGAUCCGGCCGCAUCACGGACGCGUGCUCAGAUGAUCGUCUCGCCUUGGCAGGCCGAAGAUGGUCUGACCUUCUUCACCCUCACAUUCCUGAACUCCAGUCCACCAACAACAAUAUCUUCGCCCCCAAGGUCAACCUCAGUUGCCAGCCUGCCCGAUCUGACCGGCAAGAAUGCCAUUGGCAUGCCGAAAGUCCCGAUACCGCCUAGUGACACAUCGCCAUUGUCGCGACGGUCUCGCACCCCCGCCGUCUCUCACUCCUCGAGUCCGCCGCCAUGCCUGGGGUUGGGUCCUCCCCUACUACCGCUGGCACCUCGCUCGCCCUCGGUUCUACAGAAGAUCGCCCUCAUGAAGGAUGCGCUGCUCGACAAGAUCCAGACGCCCAUUCUCGCCAUGUGGAAGGACGGAAGCGUCACGUUUCCCAACCGGGCUGCACGCAGUCUCUUCAACCGAAACACUGACCCCGACGGCAUGGUAGAUGGAUUCAACCUGCUCCCGUCAUGGGUGGUAUGGUCAGAAGACUUCAGCAGGCAGCUCGACCCGAGCGAGCACCCUAUGUCGGUCUUGAUCCGCACCGAGACCCCCUUUGCAUGCCGCCGUAUUGGUAUGCACGACGCUACCGGCCAGCAGCUGGUGUUCGAUGUAGAAGGGGCCACUCUCCGAGACGAGGUUACGGGCGAGUUCCUCGCCGGGAUAACGACCUACCGGGAUGUCACGAGAAUGACCGAGGAGAUCAUGGAAAUGAAGGCCGGCGAUGAGGAGCGUUUCAGAUUGAUAUGCGACACGAUGCCGCAGCUUGUCUGGACUGCAACCCCAGAAGGCGGUCACGAUUUCUUCAACAGCAGAUGGCACAACUACACCGGCUUGUCAAAGGAAGAGUCCCGGGGAUGGGGAUGGCAGAACGCGUUCCAUCCGGAGGACCUACCCGAGUGCGAGAGGAGAUGGAAGCAUGCCCUUGCCACGGGCGAACCAUACAUGACCGAGUACCGCUGCCGUUCAAACGAUGGCGAAUGGAGGUGGUUCCUGGGAAGAGCUCUCCCCUUGAGGAAUAAGAAGACCGGUGUGAUUGAGAAGUGGUUCGGGACUUGCACCGAUAUUCAUGAGAACAUCAAGACGCAGAUGGAGACAAGGAGAACCCGAGAGCAGCUCCUCAGCGUCAUUGCUCUCUCAAACAUGACCAUCUUCAACAUCGAUCGUAGCCGCAAGGUUACGAUGCUGGAGGGCGCACUGAUCUGGAAUUCUCACUGCGAUAGCAAUGAAGCCAGAUGGUACAUUGGCAAAAAUGUGUACAGCGUGUUCAACAGGCUCAACCCACAGCUUCCUGAAGGGACGAUGCCCCCCUUUCUCGAACCGCUUGAGGGAAUACUUUCCGGGACAGCAGAAGGGAUCCACAAAGAACAAGAGGAGGAGCACGAGAUGGAUGGGCGCUGGUACCGCACACGUUUCCAGCCGAUUAUCAGCAAGGAGACUCGUGACAAGGGCGCCAAACCGCCUGUUAUCGAGGGCGUCGUGGGCUUCAUCAUGGAUGUUACCGAGCUCAAGAACCGUGAACGGGACCUCGAAACCCAGGUUCAGGAGAAGCGCCAGCUCGUUGCCAAUGAAGCCGCUGCAAACGAGGCUAGCAGGCUGAAGAGUCAAUUCCUGGCAAAUAUGUCGCACGAAAUCCGCACCCCGAUCAGCGGCGUCAUCGGUAUGGCGGAGCUACUCUUGGAUGCCGGACUCGGGCAGGAGCAACAGGAACUGGCCGAGAACAUCCACCGAUCUGCUAACGCGCUUCUAACCGUCAUCAAUGACAUCCUGGACAUAUCCAAGGUCGAGUCUGGGCGCUUGGACAUUGAGGAGGUACAAUUCUCACUCCCGCUAGUUGUCCGAGACGUGAGCAAGAUGCUCAGCCCAGCUGCUGAGCGCAAGAAGCUCACCUUCCGCUCGGCCAUCGCAACCGACAUCGAGAGCGACCUCGGAGUCAUGGGCGACCCGGGGCGCGUGAGACAGAUCAUGACAAACUUACUCGCCAACAGUAUUAAAUUCACGAGCCAGGGCUCGGUGUUGCUCUCAGUCUCGAAAGAGAAAGAGACCGCCGACAUCAUCGAAGUGAGGUUUUCUGUCCAGGAUACCGGCAUUGGUAUCGGCGAGGAGGUCCAGAGGCGCCUCUUCCAGCCUUUCUACCAGGGCGACGCGUCCACGGGAAGGAAAUUUGGCGGCACGGGACUGGGACUCAGCAUCUCCAAGACUCUCGUCAAGCUGAUGAAGGGGCGGAUAGAGCUAGUAUCCAAAUUAGGCGUCGGCACGACGGUGACAUUCUGGAUCCCCUUCAAGAAACCGCGGUGGCGGCAGCCGGCAGGGCCGGACCAGCCAAAUCCUUUGCCCGACCGGCCACCGUUCAGGAAAAAUCUGUCCUACAAUACCACCGAGAGCAUCGUUGGCAUGGCUCUAAGGGAAGAGCCCCCUUCCAGCUUAGAAGACAGUGCUCAACCGGCGUCCAGGGCCUCGUCGACUAGCAGCAGCCCUGUAGCGAUCCCGAAGCCUGAGGAAGCGCUCCUUCCGCUCGCAGAGCGCGCUAACAUCCACGUCCUAGUCGUCGAAGACAACCACAUCAACCAGCAGUUCGCGCUCAGAACCAUCAAAAAGCUGGGCUUCCAGGUCGCGGCCGUGUGGAACGGCAAGGAAGCGCUCGACUACCUCGCCGCCGCCAUGGAGGGCAAGAAGACCAAGCCCGACAUCAUCCUCAUGGACGUGCAGAUGCCCAUCAUCGACGGCUACAAGUGCACGCACCGCCUGCGCCAUCACCUCUCCUACAAGGCCUACGUCAGCGACGUGCCGAUCGUCGCCAUGACCGCGUCCGCGAUCCAGGGGGAUCAGGAGAAGUGCAAGCACGCUGGCAUGGACGAUUACCUCUCCAAGCCGGUCAAGAUCAAGACCCUCGAGCACAUGCUGGUCCGGUGGAGCACCCGCAGCCGCCGGGCGCGGUCGGCAUGUGAUGGAGAUGGAGGUGGAGAUAGGGAGGCGUCGCUGAGCCCGGCUGUUUUGUCGGAUGGCUCGGACCGUGGCGGACACCGUUGCCAUAGUCCUGAGAAGAUGGCAACGACGACGACGACGACGACAACAACAACAACAACGACGACGACGAGUGGGAUUUCUACCGAUUGUGGAUCGGAGCAACGCCAGCCCGGACAAGGGGAAGAUGUAUAUAACCUUCCCUUCUUCUCCGCCGCACCUGGCCUCUUGAAGCGGCGCAACACGGUCGACGGUAUCAGCCGCGCUGAGCAAGCGACUGGCGAAGCUGUGUCUUCCUCCUCGUCUUGGUCACUCGUCGACGCGCCUGAGGAGAAUUCUUCCGGGAAAGAGGAGGCGCCACCGGUCGGAUGCGACGAGAAGGAAUUGAAUCAGCUUCAUGGGCAGCUAUCAAGCCAAGAUGAUGGGGCUGCGCCGGGGCUAGGGAGCUAA